CCACACUGUUUCUUCCCCAAUAAAUACUCACACAAACUCUUCAUUUGGGGAUAAACAAAACCCUUAUUUCUCCUAUUCAUUCCUCUGUCUCUGUGUGCUGCUUCUCUUUCACUUUCUUCAUCAAAAUUCUCCCCAGAAAUUCAAAAUUCUCACCAGAUUAACAAUAAGAAUACGAUUUUGAUUUCAUGGGAAGAAAAUCAACACCCCAGGAUGGGGAGGAAGAAAGCCUGCCGGUGCCGGACCAUCUCCGGUGCAGCCGCACCGACGGGAAAAAAUGGAGGUGCCGGCGGAGGGCGAUGGAAAACGUGAAGCUCUGCGAGAUACACUGUCUGCAGGGUCGGCAUCGGCAGAACAAGGAGAAGGUGCCAGAGUCACUGAAGCUGCAGAGGAAGAGGAAGAAGGAGGAAAACGACGUCGUUGAAGAGAUCAGGGUGAAGAAGAAGAAGAAGAAGAAGAAGCAGAAGCAAUGUGAUAUUCAAUUGGAGCUUAUCAGGAUGGUUCUGGAGAGAGAGGCUGAGAAGAAGAAGAAGAAGAUGAUGAUGAGCAAGAACGAGGAAUUGAAUUACAGUGAGGGGGAGUUGAGGCAAGAAUUUCCCAAUGGGGUGAUGGCAAUUUCUCCUGCAUCAACUUCCCAUGAUCACACCAAUGUGGAUUCUCACUGUGAUGUUAAGGCUGUUGUUACACCACGUUUCUUCAGGUCCAAGAAUGUUAACAGGGUCCCUGUUGACAAAUUGAAGGUUGUCUCUGAAGGAAGCUUGAAGAAGUGUAGGAGGAGGAACUGUCAUUGGUGCCAGAGAAGUGAUUCUUGGAAUCUUGUUGAGUGUUCCAGCUGCUUGACAGAGUUUUUCUGCAUGGAUUGCAUCAAAGAACGGUAUUUUGAGACUCAACAUGAGGUUAAGAUGGCAUGUCCAGUGUGCCGAGGAACUUGCACCUGUAAAGAUUGUCUGGCAAGUCAAUACAAAGACAGUGAAAGUAAGGAAUAUUUGGCUGGUACAAGCAGAGCUGAUAGAAUUUUGCAUUCUCAUUAUUUGGUUUGUGUGCUCCUUCCUGUAGUAAAACAAAUAAGUAAAGACCAGCGUACAGAGCUCGAAACAGAAGUGAUAGUUAGAGGGAAAAGUGUUUCGGAUAUUCUCAUCAAGCAGGUCGAAUUUGGAUGCAAUGAGAAAAAUUACUGCAAUUACUGCAAAACAGCCAUUUUGGGUCCUCAUAGAAGCUGCCUUAGUUGCUCCUACAGCCUUUGCUUCAGUUGUUCUCAGGCAUUAAGCCAAGGAAGCACCUCCCAACAAAUUAAAUCUUCUUUAUGCGAGCUACCUGACAAAGUUAACACUUGCAUAGCUAGUGAAAGCCAUCUCUUGGAUGACAAUAAGGCCAUCUCUAAUGGAAAUUUAACUGAUACUUCAAUAUCACCUGAGUGGACGUGUUGUAAUGGUACUGACUCCGUAUCAUGCCCUCCGAGAGAGCUAGGCGGUUGCGGUGAUAGCCACCUUGAUUUGAGAUGCGUUUUCCCCUUAAGUUGGAUCAAAGAAAUGGAAGUAAAGGCAGAAGAAAUAGUUUGCAGCUAUGACUUUCCUGAAACUUUGGAUAAAAGUUCAAGUUGCUCACUCUGUAUUGAUAAAGAUCGGAAAAAUAAAAGAUAUAAGAAAUUGCAAGAAGCAGCUCAAAGAAAAGAUUCUAAUGAUAAUUGCUUAUUUUAUCCAACAGUUUUGGACAUCAAUAGUGAUCAUUUUGAACACUUUCAGAAACACUGGGGAAGAUGCCAUCCUGUAAUAGUGAGAGAUUUGCUCCAGAGUACACCAAACCUCCGUUGGGAUCCACUGGUUAUGUUCUCUUCUUAUCUUGAGAGGAGCAUUACAAGAUAUGAAAAUAACAAGGACUUACUUGAAACUUGUUUGGAUUGGUGGGAGGUAGAAAUGAACGUUAGACAGUAUUUUACAGGGUCUCUUAAAUCUCAACCUCGGAAAAAUACUUGGCAAGAGAUGCUGAAACUAGAGGGAUGGUUGUCUUCCAAACUAUUCAAAGAACAUUUUCCAGUUCAUUUUGCUGAAGUAAUUGAUGCUCUUCCCCUUAAAGAAUAUAUGAAUCCCAUGUCUGGUCUUCUGAACUUAGCUGCAAAUUUGCCACCUGGGAGUCCAAAACUUGACAUGGGACCAUACGUGUAUAUUUCGUACGGCUGUGCUGACGAGAAAGCUUAUUCGGUGACAAAUCUCUGUUAUGACUCAUAUGAUGUGGUAAAUAUUAUGGCAAAUACCACAGAUGUCCCUCCCUCUACCGAACAGCUUACGAAAAUAAGCAAAUUAUUGAAAAAGCACACAGCGCUAUGUCUAAGGAAGUCUUCUAAUAUUACUACCGAGCAUGCAGAAGGCAGGGAGAGAGAGGAACUGCAGAAUAUUGUAAAAGAAGGAGCUGACUUUUUCAAGAGAUUCAAUAGGACAUCUUGUAUCUCAACUGAAUCCAAAACAGUAGCUAGUCAGAAUUUAAACACCAAGACUUCGGGCAAAAGAGAAUGUGCUUCUGAUUCUGAUACUGAAAAGGCACAAAGCUCUUUAUCUUUUGACAGGACAGUUCAAAGCACGGAAAUGUCUCCAAAUCGCAAUUCUAAGAACCUUAUUGAACACUCAGAAAGUGAUAAAAGGGAUGAAUUUAGUGAGAAUGCUGGUGCCCAGUGGGAUGUCUUCAGAAGACAGGAUGUACCAAAGCUCCUAGAAUACCUGAAAAGACAUUCUGAUGAAUUUUCUCAUACCAGUGAAUAUCACAAGAAGAUGGUUCAUCCAAUUCUAGAUCAGAGCUUCUUUCUUGACAAUGCUCAUAAAAUGAGACUUAAGGAGGAGUUUGAAAUUGAACCAUGGACUUUUGAGCAACAUGCUGGAGAAGCUGUCAUCAUUCCAGCUGGAUGCCCAUACCAGAUGAGGAAUCCUAAGAGCUGUGUUCAUGUGGUAUUGGAAUUUGUGUCCCCUGAGAAUGUUACUGAGUCUAUCCAAUUGAUUGAUGAGGUCCGUCUUCUUCCAAAAGACCACAAAGCAAAAGUAGACAAGCUGGAGAUGAAGAAAAUGGCCCUCCACAGCAUGAGCACAGCAAUAGAAGAAAUUCGUGAGCUUACUUGCAAAACAUGAUUGCACGAGUUUACCUCCCAAGUCUGAACCAUGUAUUCCUUUUUGCAUUGAUUAAUUCUCAAACUUAUUAGGCUUUUGCUAGGUACUUUAAAUUUGGAAAAUUUCUUGGCCAACUUCACUCCCGCGUAGUGCGCUUACCAUAGGGCAAGAGAUUAGUCUCACUGCUACCGGCUGUGAAAAAACCUUGGUCAAGACAAAAAAAAACUGAUUACUUCCGGUUUCA